AUGAAAGGAAUCAAAUUGAGACCCAUUUCUUAUUCGUUCAAAGCGAGAUACUUUAACACUGCAAUGAUCAAGUCUAAAAUUGAUGUACUUGAAAACUAUGCAAAGAAGAAUCAGUUGCAUAAAUUGCGAAUGGAUGACUUUUUCGACGUUUUGAAACUGUCCAAAACGGAAGAAGACUACAAGUUAUCUUUGCAUCUACUAAACCUGUAUUACAAUUUUGGACGAAACCUAAAUACUCAACAAGAUGUUAAUUUGUUUUUUAUUUUCAUUCUUAGAACUAAGCAACUAAGUGAGGCCAAAGAGCUACUAAAAUAUUUUAAUGGAUGGUUAUUAUGCCCCCCCUCGAAUAAAUACAUUGUAUUAUGCAUGGAAGAAUUUUUUUUAAAACAAAAGUAUUAUGAUGUUCGAGAAAUAUUUUCCUUUAUUAGACAGAAUAACCAAAUAAAAUUGGAAAGCUCCUUUUACACGGUGACCAUAAAAUCCAUGCUUAUGUUGGAACGAGAUUCUGUUCAGGAAGCCAUGAUAAUAUACGAUGAUUCUUAUGAUAUGUCUAUCUACUUAACGAACGAAAUUCACAAUUUGGUAUUAGAGAAUAACUUGUAUUUUUACCAUAAAUCGAAAGAAGAAAAAUCUGAGGAUUUACAGUUACUGAAGUAUUAUGAAGGAAACAUAGAAAAAAUAAUAAUACGACUAAUAAAUGAAUUAAUUAAAAAUAGGACAUCGAUAAAGCUAUCCUCAAAGAGUUUGAGUCUCUUUGCAUGGGCACACAUGAACUUUGAUGUAAAAGAAAUUAUCAAAAAAAGUAACCAUACUUUAGUGGAUGUUCAGGAUUGUGACACAUGGUUGAACAUUUUAAAAUUAUCCUGUUUAUAUAACCAAAUUCCCGAGUGUCAUUGUAGUCCCUUUUCACAACCGUUUAAAGGUGUACUAAAAAGUAUGAAGAAUGAUAAAGAUGCAACCAUGGCACUGGAAUACAUUGAUAUAUACUUUCACGAGGAGUAA